AUGGACCAAUCAGAGGACGAAACCAAGUUUUCGAAUCAUCAAUUAAUAGAGAAUCAUCACAAAAUGGAAGACCAAUUCACUGAUCCACUUUCCGUUUCCACAAACGUACCACAAACGAGCUCGUCCUCUUCACCCUCUACACCUUCUACGAUCUCGUCCUCUAUUUCCGUCCCGACAUCUCAAACAUCGACGAACUUUUCACAAAAAUCGAGGCAGGCGCCUUCUCAUUGGCAGAAAUUACGAGAGCUUGUAUUAGUCGAUCAAAUUCCAGAGAUACCGCGAACAUCGUCUCUUGUAAAUUUAGAAGAUAACCAUUAUACCAGUCGAGCCGUUGACGGAAAUUAUGGGGAACAGAAAUUUCCAUUUGGGACAGGAUUACCAGGAAUAAUUACAGCAGCUACAACAACGACAUCGACGACAGCCACAUCGGCCGUAGGUUCCGUUCUUUCAAACCCAAGUUCGACAUCCACGCUAAUUACACCCCCACCACCCCCCAAAUCGCUAAAAUUUCAAUACCAAUCUCGCCGCCUUCGGUUCAAGACAACUGUACAACAGCAAUCAGAUACAACUGUCGGAGAAUUUGUGAAGGGGGCAAAGAGUGGUAGUGGCGAAGGUAUGGGGGAAAACGUGAAUUUUUAUGGAGAAUUAAUGGAGGUGUUGAAAAGGUGGAAGCACGUGGUUAAGUUGGCAGCUGCCCAAGAAGUAUUUGCUGAACUGGCACGGCCGUUUUUUAAUUAUCCCGUGAAUGUUGACGAUUGUAAUCAGGCAUUGAAUAUUUUUGAAUACAUACGAAUAAAUUAUCGGCCAUCGGAUCCAAAUGUAGCAGGGACACUAGUAUCUAUAGAUCCGGAUGAGAUGUCAAUUGGCAAUGCAAGGGUGCAGAUACAUAAAUACGAUAGUUUGGCCAGAUGUGUGUUUUUGGAAGGAUUGGUAAAGUGUUGUCUGGUUAAAGAUGGGAAAUUGAGGCGGUAUGUUAUGGGCAAUUUGAUUGAGAAAUAUUGGGUAACACCAGAUCCGACUAUGAAAAGCUUAUACGAACACGUAAUUCAGUUAUUUGCCCACGCGUCGUUUGGCAUUCUCACAGAUCUGUCUUCCUUUUCAUCUCCACCUUCUCCAUCUAUUCCGCAUAUUCUUUCACCAACAAACACCACAGCCCCAUCUGUUUCUCCCUCGCAUUCUCUAGCUUAUUUAAUUCUCAAAACACUACACAACAAUAUAUCUCCCGAGACAUUGAAAGACACUUCAGCUCAUGUAGUGAGAUCAUUGGUUAGCGUUGCUGUGUGUGUGCUUGCCGUGUAUCCUCCUGAGAGCACUUCAUAUAUAAACUCAAAAACGACAAAUAGUGGAGAGAAAAAUGAUGCGGGACUUGACAAUUAUUCCAAUAAAAGAGACGAUAAAGAGAAUGAAGGUAAAAAGGAAGAAAGUACAGUGGUUAUUACAAUGGCAAAAAAAUACGUAGAAGGUCUCUGGAUAUGUGGAUGGCAACAUGAAGUAAUUAUGCUUGUGAAAGAGGCAAUUGAACAAGAUACCUUGGAAAGAAUUGUCUUUAUGUACAAUCAUUUAGCAUUUGGCAUUAAUGAGAGUAUAGGAACAGAAUUAGUAAAGGAGACGAUUUCAGACUUAUUUGCAAAACUUUCAAGAGUAUCUCCUACUUCCAGUGCUGUCUCGCAUCUUUCCAAACUUCUUUUAUCACUCUCCACCAAAUAUCGACCAAGUUUCUAUAAACCUAUACUCGCAUGUGUGGCCUCAGACUCUGAGGAAAGAGUGGCAGAGUAUUUACAUCUGAUAGUUACUUUGAGACGAUAUAUGACAGCCAUCGAGCUGUGGAUGCAAGAUAGAGAGUUUCUAUGUACCGUUUUAUUAAGUGAUGUUGGGAGCGGAAAAUCUGGUAAUAAGGGAAAAUAUAAAGAUGUGAAAAAGAAGUCAGGAAGCGAGAAACAAGAUCAAAAUGCAAACGGAAAGCAAGAGAAGGACAAUGAGGAUGACACGUCUUGGGGUUCGACCACUCUUGGUCAGUGUGUGAUUGCGAUGGAAUUUGUAUGGGCUCAAUACGGAAGGGCUAGAGGACAGUUGGAAGUAGCAAUCAAGUUUCUUUGCGAUCUUGAGCGUAAAUUGGCCAUUUUUAUUACAGCAAAGGAAAAACAUGUGCAAAUACCCAUUCCCCUGCGCCUCAUUCUCUGUACCCUCUUUCUUGAUUUGCGUCUUCUCUGUCGACAAGCAUCACGUCCGGGGUGGCUUACUCGCAUCAUUAAUUGGCUCAUUUACUCCUCGCCCGGAACAGUGACAUUCCGCGAGAUAUUUGUAAACAAGCGAGAAAGUAAUCGCUUCCCCGCAGAUGUGGAGUUACAGCAUAUAUCGGAUCAGCUGGAUGAGGUUGAGAUGAUCUUGACAAGGAUUAGAGUGGUUUACGCCGCGGUGGAUGAUUUAUGUUUAAACGAGGAAAAAAAAGACGAAAUGUCAGAUUAUCUGGCGGUCCCUACAAUUGUUGCAUUUUCGUCUCCAUCAAAUCCUUCGGUUCCCCUCAGUCCGUACAAUGAAAUGCGGAGACGAUCUAUGCUUGCACCGUCUUCUACAAUGACAGACUCGCCGGAUACCAAUGCGUCGUCCUCAUAUCGUAUACCUGGCUCGUCUUCAAAUUCGUCCCGCCCUCCGGGUGUCUCGUCAUCUCAUAAUCACAUACCCUUGCUCGACCGCUUUACUUCAUCAUCCUUUUCCUCCUCGUUCUCCGCUUCUUCCUCGUCUAUCGUUUCCAAUAUCUCAUUUCCAACAUCUCUUUCCGAAGCAACUUUGACCCUUCUUGUUGCGGUUUUUACCUCCCUUUCGUCCAAUGAAUAUUCGCAAAUGGCACCAUAUUUAUGGAACAGAUUUCUAAAUGAUAGAAAUCACAAGUCUUUUGAACUGGCUUCAUUUUUAUUUGUUCAGUGUGGUGAGAAGGCACCUGAGAUUGUAUCGGAAUUAAUUAAGAAUGAUCUAUACAGCUCAAAUCCAUUACCUCGUACGGUAGCACUUUUAAAGUUAUCAUCUUUCUUUGCCCAUCGCCAUACUAUAUUAUCUCCACCUUUCCUCUCUCCUUCGUCACGUCGGCGUCUCAUACGCUUUCAAGUGCCACAAAUUCCCUUUAUUCCGACCGAUAUUGGCACUUCCGAUACAAUUCUUUACGAUUCAGCUCGCACGUCAGAAGUGAAAUCUGGAAGCUCGUUACCAGCAGAAGUCAGGAAACGAAUACAAGACUUGGGGUGGGAGGAACAGGAUGAACAAGAGCAAGAUAGGUGGAAAAGACUUGUUACACCGUUAUCUUUGUUACCGACUUUCUAUUUAGAAGACGUUGAGAGACAGGAAGAGAAUGAAAAUGGGGGAGGAGCGGAGGUCGGAAUCGUGGGAAUGAGUAAGACUUCAUACGGUGAAGAUGAAAAUACUGGUAACAAGGUCGGUUACGCAGAAGGAAAAAUCAAGGUCAAUAGAAAUCGCCCACUAGGAGAUCGAGACAAUAAGGGACAUUCAAACACGAAUAAUGCAAUUCAACCAACAUUUAACAAAAAGCGCGCUGUGACUCUUCCUCUUCUCUCACUCUUUUCUCUUUCCCUGGUUGAUCUUCUGGACGAUACGCAUGGUGGUGUCUACGCCCUUUCCAAGGAGGUGAUACUCUAUUUUCUACGUGACGACCCUUCGCUAUUUCUUCGUCUCUACUUUUCCGAACUUGGUUUGUCAUCGUUUUCUUCUCAAAAGGCCCUACUCACGAAACUUCGUCAUCUACUCUCGAUGCAACAUGUGUUUCCCCCUGGAUUUUCACACACACUGUUUAAUCAUCUAGCAGGGAUUCUGAAAUGGCACGCGCGAGACAGUAAGAUUGGUGGAUUUAGACUGAUGUGUUAUGUCAUGCCUGUGUUGGCCGAUUUGGUUCCGACAGUUAACGAAAUGACUGUUAGAGAUUUUAGAAAAAAUAAAAUUGAACAUAUCCUGUUGAAUAAUGGAUCGAUAUGGUUCUCGGAUGGAAGUCCGGCAGAAAUGUUUCCGAGGAAUGCUGUUGAGGUGGAUGUGAGUGGAAUCGUGAGUGGAAAUGAGAGUGAUGCCGUCAACACUGGCUUUGAAUUGUUGGGUAUCGACAAACGCAUAUUUAGCAUAUACAUGCUUCGAAUCGGCCAUAUUCUUUUUAUGAAUAAUUUUUUAAUUAGCUGCAGCAAGGAAGCUUAUUCCUUCAAAAAGUGGAUUGAAGAGUAUACAGAACUUGAUGCUUCCGAGGAAUUUGGUAAAGUUCGUGGAAAGACAAAGGCGGGUGUUGAAGACGAGAAAGAAGAGAACAAUGAGAACGAGACGUAUUUUCCUGAUCCGAAAAGACGCAGCGGGUGGACUAGUUGUAGCAAAUUGGGUUCGAGCAGUAGAAAUGGAGGACAUGACGAAAAAAGACUUGCAUCGAAUUUCUGGGAUGACGGAAAUGUUAAAGAGUACGAAAAGCAUAAGGAUCGCAAUUCCUUUAAUGAGACUAGUGCUAAUGAUUCGAAUGACUGUACGUCUAAUGUAAAAAGUCGGAUUGAUCUUGAACAUUUGUCUGCUUUACGUGCACGGGCCUGGAACAAUCUAAUAUAUUCUCUUAUCAAAAGUCUCAAUCGCAACUAUAACGAUCGUGCGGAACUCACCUUGUUUCUUAAUGGUGUAAACAAAAUUCUCCUUCGACACUCAACUGAUUAUGGAAUAGUAGGCCAGUCUCUCGUACUAUAUCUCAAUGCUGCCUUACACUUUGAUAGAUUGUUUGAUAACAACAAAGGUUAUGCAAUCUUCAUUCCUGCGGUAUUUAAGGUGUACUGUGAGUCCGAAACCAGUCAAGCGAUAAGGGCAGCGAUUACCUAUGCAUGGAGUAGAUUUUACAAGUUUCAUGAAGAGUCUUUUGUAUUUCAAUCAUUGGGAUGUUUGACACCGUUAAUUCUUCGAGCAUAUUCUAAAUCUCGUGUGCUCGGCGAGUGGAUGUCACAAUCACUUUUUGAACUUCUUAAAUCCCUCUCUAAUACAAAAAGACUUCCGGAUUCACUUGGUAUUCAAGAUGAUUUAUACUAUCUCCCUCCAUCACUCACAACAAUUCCUACGCUUCAUCUUCCUAUUUCACCUUCCGCUCUCCUUUCCAAUCCGCUCGUACGUAAAGCAGCAAUAACGGCUGCUAAUGCUUCGAAACUCAAACCUGAACUUCUUGGUCUAACAGAGGAGAAGUAUUUCCUUUUGGACGAUUUAUUCAGAUUGUUCAUGACAAUUAUUGCAUAUGAUACAGGUUCAGUGAGAGCGGAACAGUUCGUAAUGUUGUUAAGAGGAAUUUUGGGAGAUUUAAUUAGAGAAUCGAACAGUUUGGCAAUGUUAGUUGAGGAAGGGAUGGCUGCAUUGUGUGAAGUAUUUUUAAAAUUUGCAAAGAGCGGAAAAGGUGUGGCCGUUGGAAGUGGAAUAAGUGGAGGGAAUGGCCUUAAUGGGAAUGUGACAAGAGUUUCUAUUGCAUCGACCAUGACAUCGAUGACAUCUGACGUUGCAUCUGAUCCAGAAAAUUCAUUUGACUACAAGAUUUCCGAGCCUUACGUCUACGGCAAACAGUGGCCUCAGAACGAUCGCGUAACUAUCAAGCUCAAUUUCCUUCACCUUAUUCGUGUCUAUUCUCGACAUGGAGGCAGAUUAUCCGACGCUUCUCAUUCAAAGCUUUCAAACAUUAUUCGUUUGAUGCUCAAAGAUUAUGCAAAUGCAAAAGCCUUAAUAUCAACGGGUUUUAUAGCUGAAUAUAUCAAAGAUGUCAUUGUUGAAUCACUAAGUUCAUUUUCUGAUUCAAUCAACCCAUCAGCCACCGUCCCGCCUAUUCUUCCGACCGCUUUUUCACUCGCUCGUCCUAUUGAUGAAGGACGCAAGUCAAUUCUAACUCUUCUUCGUAACAUUGCACCAUUAUUUCGCCAAUAUUACAAAUCAAUCGACUUUUCGGGUGUCCUCGAUGGCUUAACAGCAAUAAUCAAAUUCGGUAAUGGCAUGUUGGUCCGUGGUGAUGAGAUAGCGUCAAUAAUCAAAGAGAAGUUUGUCGUAGUUGGUUUAUCGGCUGCACUAAAGGGUGACUGGGAUGAUGAUGAUGCGAGGGAUUUGCGAUUAUAUCAAACGAGAUUUAUAGAUUCUUUAGUGAAAGUUUUUGUGGCUUUGAUGAUAUACACCGACUUGGAUAUGAUGAGCGAUUUGAAGAAGUAUCCGCCGUCUGCACGGAUUAUAGAAAGAGUAAUUAUCCCCAUAAUUAUGGAAUAUAAAGAUAAGGAAGUGAAUGAACGAACACCGAAUGCAACAGGUGGUAGUGGAACGUCCAGAGGAGCGAAUGCAUCAGGGUCCAACAUAUCGAACACAUUCAUGUUGAAUCCACCCCGAAUAUCGCGAAUCAGCCCUCAGCAGAAAUACAUUGCCAAUUGGCUCAGCCUCAUAGAUUAUAUCAUUCGUUCAUGUACAAGCCACUCAAUAACACGAUCGAAGACGUCUGCAUUCAAUUUUCUCAAUUCAUCCUCCACAACAAUUGAUCAAAUAAAUUCUGACAUUGAAACGGACGAAAAAAUAGAAACCAGACAGGAAAAAGGUGACAAGAUGGAUGACAUUAGUAUCAAGUCAGAUAGCAGACUGAGCCGAUUGAUGUCAGUAAAGGACAACACACCUAAUACACGGAUUUCGGUGGCCCAGUUUAUAAUCUCAUUCACAGCAUUGAAGAUUGCAUUAAUAAGAGGAGAGAAAUGGAUUACGAAAGUGCCGGGAAUGUGGUUGCAAAUUUCUCAGUUUAUCAGGAAAACCCUAGGACCGGCGAGUAGUAUUGCGGGCGGCGUAUAUAAAUAUGGCCAGUGGUCACGCGGAUCAACUCCUAAUACAAGCACGCAUAACCUAGCUACUAACGUAGAUGACAGUCAACCUCAUUCGCUCAACCCGGCGUCAGCAUUCGAUUUCGUAACAUGGACAUUGCUGGAGUUGCUUGUAAGCUAUAGACUACCACUUAAUCUAUAUCUACGAACGUUUAUUCACCAAAAGAUUGGUGGUGGCGGUAGCUGGUCGAGACAUGGAAAUGAAGAAGGAAUUACAAAUAUGAGUUUCACGAGUGCGAGUGGAAGUCAAUUUCCCAGCAUUAAAAGGCAGAAGUGGCGGAGCUGGGGCGGUCCUCCUGUCAUCAAUACAUCGAGUGAAGAUAGCAUCGGAAAUGGGCUUCUAUUUGGAAGCAGGAAUGGAAGUGAUACUAAUUUAAGUGAUAGUGGGCGCAUGGGUGACUUUAGUAAUAAUGAUAGAAACAGCUUCACGAAUAGUCGUUCUAAAAUGAGCCUCGAUGCGACGAAUCCGAAUUAUGUAGUGCAUAUGUAUAUGGGUUAUGGCAUGCCCGAGGGUAUUAAUCAUCUUUCGGAUACACAAAACAAGCAGGAACUUAGGCAAUGGCAGUUGAAAGAUGCUCUUGAUAAAUUAGAGACGGAGAGAAAAAUUGUUGUUGAGGGUUUUAGCAAUGUGUUUUGGAGUUUAAAGAGCUAA